UUUCAUCCCUUAGUUUUUCUCAUUCUUUUCUUCGUUCGAAAUGAAAUAAUAUCGUACAAUUAUAAAUAACAACCUAUCAAUUAUUUAAUUAAUUAAUUAAUUAAUUAAACUGUGUGACGUGUUUGUAGACUGCGAAAAAGAAAUCUACUGAAACAUAUAUAUAUAUAUAUAAAAGAAGAAAGAGCGAGAAACUAGAGAAAAUUUUCUUCCUCUCAUUUCACGUUUUCUCAUAAGACAAGGAUUUUCCAAUACUAGUCGGAAUUUUCGAAAAAUCUGUCUCGCUUCACCCGUAGAGAAACGAUAAAACAGAAGCCGAAAAAUCAUCGAAAUCGGAUAUUGGAAAGCCGAGGAUCAGAAAGAGUCGACUACAGGGACGAUGGGUCCCAAGCUGAUGAUAAUUUUUUGUGCGGCUGCAGGGAUGAUCCUAUCUCUCGGCAACUGCGAGGAUAAGGUACUGGACGACGACCAGCGUGCCAGACUGCCCGAAUUUCUCACGGAAUUGGACCUGGCCAGUUUGGAAGCAUCCAAGGAGGACGUGGAAUCGUUGAAAAAAAUUGUCAAACGUUUGGCACCCGCGAAGAAUGGCGAGUACCUUAUGUACCAAGUAUUUUUCGGCAACGAGGAAUUGCUCAAGGAAUGGCUGAAGGGCGCUGGAGUCAUGGGACAGCCGGGUGUCGACUUUCCGGUUCUCACGACGAUACCGGCGACGAAAUUCAGCUGCCGAGGACUCAAGGGCGGCUACUACGCGGACUUGGAAACCAAUUGCCAGGUCUUCCACAUCUGCGACAACGGAAGAAAGAUUUCAUUCCUCUGUCCGAACGGAACGAUUUUCCAACAAUCGCAAUUGAUCUGCGAUUGGUGGUUUAAAGUUGACUGCGGAAAAUCAGCGGAAUUGUACGAGCAGAGCGCCGAGCAACUCGCCGAGGAGGACAGGAAGCGAGCCGAUGCUAGAAAAAUGAACUCCGAGUUUCACAGACCGAAUGGAAAGGAGGGUGGCCAGGCCUAUUACCAGAAUCAAAAUGAGAACGUCGAUUACGACGGGAAACAGAACGGCAGAACGAAUCCGUUCGGUCAAAAUCAAGCGCAGAACGCUGCUCAGGUGCAAAGUGUAAACGAAAACGGGGAGAGGGUUCAAGUUCAGAAUGGAAGAAAUGGAAAUCAGUUCGGUCAGGGUCAAGCGACUCCGUCGCCCCAACUCGGAGGCGACAGAGGAAACCAAAAUCAGAAUUACAAUCAUCAAGCGAGUAACGGACAAUUACAGUCGAACAGGCAGAACUCGAACAAUAAAUUGUUCAAUCAGGAAGACAAUAAAGGUGGCAACAAUCGCGGACAGUUUACCAGACAGAACUUCAACUACAAUACGAGGAGUGGCAACAACCGGGCGGCGCAAAAUUCUCAAGAACACUUCGGUGCUAGUUCCAAUUCCAACGGUCCGAGGGAUGAAAAGUCGAGUUACAGAAGCCCGAAGGGAUUCAGCGACGUUAGAAACAGCUACAACGAGAUAACGACCGUUGCGAAUCCGUUCAAGGAAUACCAACAGCUGGCGGAAAGCGCGGCUUUCGCAACUAGUCGAAACAAUCGUUACAACAAAUCCUACCAGUACAAUCAAUUCGGUAAUUAUUAUUCGUCGAAUCAGUUGGGCAGCAGCACGGAAAAGUAUUCGGCUAACGAAGCCGGCAAUAACGUGGCCGGAGGCAGGCAAUCGAACAAUCAGAAAGGAUCGCCUUUUCCCACCUUUACUCCGAUUUAUAAACCGAGGACCACGACGAGUACCUCGACCACCCCGAGUCCCAAGUCCACGACGACCCAAAAAUCUUACGUGAACACCGACGUCUACCGGCAAUCGAACAACGAGGCAGCUCAAACUCCCUCGUAUUUCGGCAACGCGGAAACGACCGUCGCCGUUACGGAAAAUUCCUAUCGAAGCGAAACACCGAAAGUAGAAGGAGUUGGAGAUAAUUCCUUGGCGGUCGACUACCGUCAAAAUUCCGAUACGCGAAGCGUUAGCUACCCCCAAAGUUUUCCGGGGGAUACUGACAACAAUCCGUCGACGCUGAAGCCUUACGUCAACACCGAUACGUACAGGUACGGGAACGGGGGUAACACGGCGAUCACGGAAGCGCCGACGACAACUUGGACGAGCUACGAUCGAAGCCCGACAACCGCACCUACGGCAACACGGAGCGCGAGUACGGGGGAGGUUUACCCCGGGGAAUCCGGAAACUCCGAGGGCACGACGUUAACUCCUACGACCACCCAACGAUACGGCGAUAAUUACGAACUUGGAAAUAGCGCGACGGGAACGACAACUUAUUACGAAGAUCGUCAGAAGUGGAAGAACGCCGCCGCCGCCGGUACGACGUCAAAGUCUUCCGGCGGCGAGAGGAGGGGCAAGUCCUACUCUCAGGGGGGAAGGGCGAGCAACUUGAAUACUUUCGAGGCGACUUUCGGCAGCAAAAACGGAAAGGUCGCCCCCACCCUCGGACCCUACGUUCCGUUCACGAGGAACUACGCUUACACGACGACCACGACGACGUCGACGAGAAAACCACCCGUCUACACCGCUACCGUGCCCACCAUACCGGCCAACCGGAAGUUCAACGGGAUAACAACCACCACCACCACCACCACCACCGAGACACCCGCCUAUUUUACAACUCCGAAUCCGACGUCGGUUAAAAAUUCGCAGGCCGAAAGGGAGCACGCCAUCGACAUGCUGCAGUCUCUUCGGGAACUCGAGGGCACCCCGUCCACCGAUGACAAUCAAAACGGAAGCAGAGCUGGACUGAACAUACCGCCGUCCUCGGGACCGUCCACUCUCCAUACCCUGGCGCUCUACUUCGCUACGGCGAGCGACAACUUCGACGAUUCCGGUUCGAACGAAACGGCGACCGACGUCGCCGUGAGGGUAGGGGGCUCCGGGGACGAGGGUGAAAAAAUGGAGGAGCCCGUCGUAACGACGGAAAAUCCUUCGGCCGCCGAAUUACCGAGCAAUCUCUUGACCCAGCACACCCUGAACUCGUACGCGGAUCUGUUCAACAUAAACUCGGCCCUACAGCCGAAGGACAACGGGAGCGUCGACUCGAGGGUCGCGCAGGAGGAGGAGGAGUCGGAGGCGGCGGUGGCGGCGGAGGACUAUUCGCUUAAGGACGACGCCGAGAACGACCUGGACAUCCAACAGAGUCAGGGGCCCGUUUCGGGGACGAACGCCGUGCGGAGCAACAACCCGAAACUCAGGGAACUCGCCCAGGUAUUCACUCACGCGCUGUCCGCCUACCUUCAGGAUCCCGACACCUUCAGGAAAGUCCUGACGGAAAUCAGACCCACCGAACCGCCGACGACUUCGUACCCCGAGUCGACGGACACGACCGUUACUUAUCCCACCACUCAGGAGGAGUAUCCAUCGGCUACCAAGGAAAAGGACGAGGUCCUCGAUUUCUCGGAUGUGACGAAAUCGUCCAGAAGGAAGAAGCUCACCACGCCUUACCCCACGUUCACGACACCCUUGGAAACAACUUAUCAGACUUAUUACACAACGUCGGAAUCGGCGAGGUACCGGGAGGGCAGCGUCACCGCUCCGAAUUUCGGGGACGAGGCCCUCAACGAGGCCCAAUCCAGCGAUUUCAGAUCAUCCGAUGAUGCGAAGAGGAACGACAUAGCCCACGAAGUUAAUCACGCCUUCACCGAUUCGAACGCCAACGACGUUCGGGUCUACGGUUCGGAUCCGAGCGGACCCAGCGCCCCUCAAAGCGAGUACGACAGCUACGCCGUGGUAGGUGAAAAUCCUUCGGAGAAUCGAUACGGCGGCUUCCAGAAUAACAGCGCUACGACGUCCUCGCCAUACGGAAAAGACGUGAUGCCGGCCGACGCCACUCCUAUCGGUGACAACUACGUGCCGGAAUCCACGCCUGCUUCGUAUUUUCAAAAUCAGGAUACGACCGUCGGGAAUUACAGGAGUCCGAAGAACCUCGUCACUUCCGUAACGAACGAAGAUUUCGCGACUUUUAACGCCGAACGAAUUCCAACGACCACGACCGCCGUUCCCGGCUACCAAGAGAACGAAGUCGUAACAUCGUCGACCGGGGAACCGUUCAGGAUAAACUACUACGACGCGCCGACGCCCAAGGCGACCAAAAUCGACGACGAGUCCCUGGUGACGGCCGGUAGCGUUUACUCGACCUUCAAAAAUAAUUUCAACGACCUGCGGAGCGGCGAAAAAACCACGGAACGCACCCAGCUGGACGCCGAAACCACCACCACCGACUAUCCACCGACUACCGAAAAUCGGGAUAACGACGGCCAAAGAUACGCCCAGCAGACGUCCGCCGUUCACUGGACCGCCUCGCCUCUGGUGACCAGACUCUGGGAGACUACGGUAUUCCUGGACCCGAAACGCAUAAAUCAGGGACUCACGGGAACCGCCGAAGAGUCGACGUCCAGCGUCACCGAGACGUUCGGAACCACGCCGAUAUCGAGACAGGAGAUUCUGGUGACGGACGCUUCGGGCGUAGGAAAAACCAGCCAGUACAACGGCGUCGGUAUCACCGACUCGCCGUGGAAGUGGACACCCAACGAGAACGACUCACCGACGGCAUUCACACUUUUGCCAACCGCCUAUUCCCCGGAAAAUACGGCAACGCCACCGCCCACCUACACCACCCAUUCGAGCAUCAUCACGACGAUAACGUCGUCCGUCAGCGCGAUGACGAAACAACCGGCGGUCACGUCGUCGAGGAAGGAAAAAUCCAGCGAACCUUUGAUCGUUAACGUGAAAACGUUUAACGUUACCGAGAACGAGAUAAUAAGGGCUCAGGAGAUGUUCGGAAAUUUGAACGCCAGCAGCACCAAUACCCUGAUGAGGGUGAUGAAACAGGCCGACAACAAUUCCACGGUCAGACAAUUGGUGUUGCUACUGAUAAGCCACUGCAAGGGUCCUAUGAACAAAACGAUGGAGGAGGAAAAGGAGCAGCUGUUGGACGCGCUAUUGAGAAUGCCGGUCAACGAAUUCAGCAGCGAAGAAUCGCGAGAUAUUAUCGCGGGGAUACACAAGCUCCAGCUCCCUAUCGGAAGACCUUCUUCUUCUUCUUCUUCGUCUUCCGUUUCUUCUUCCUCAGUUUCUAGCGCGACUUCCGUCGAGGAACCGGCUACCGCUCCGUCGACCACAACAUCGGUUUCGGUCACGACGUAUCGCAGCAGGAGAGGAAGGAAGUUCAGAACGUCUACGGAGGACCCUAAGCCUCCGACGAGAUCGGGGGACGGCGAUAAUUCUCAGAGUGGAAACUCCUUGUCCAUCGAGGCUGGAUCACCUUCGGAUAACAGAGCUUUGGAAUUAUUGAGGUCGCUUUAUACGAUAGCAGCUAAAUGGGGUUGAUAGAAUUUCUUCCUUUUUCUCUUUUUAUAGAAUAACCGAAAAUACCGAUAUACGAUAUCGGUAACGUCGUUUAAAAUACUACUGUAUCGAUCCUGUGAGGUAACGAAGAAAGAGAAAAAAAAAUUAAAACACAUUUUCAAUGUAAAGAACGUUCGUCGUUUGGUGUGCGGAAAAAGAAAAUCGCAAACGGUUGAUCGAAGAAUUGAAAAAAACAAAUACAGAAAUUAAAAAUCAAAAAUAUUUACACAUUUAUUCUUUCGUUUUCGAUUCAGGCAAUGAAACGUCGAACGCUCCUUUGAUAAUUUUUGCGGCGGGUGAAAGUAAAUUUUAAUAUUCAGAGCGUACCUACACACAACGUACACCGCACAAGUGUGUAAUUAUUACAGCUGCACAUGACACAAUGAAUGAUAUAAGUUUUUGUUGUUUUUUUUUUCACUUUUUUCUUUCCCUUUUUGCUUUUUUUUUUUUUUUUUUUUUUUUUAUUCAAAUCGUACGCGUAUAAAAAGUGGGUCGAUAUUGCAGCAGCGGACAACUGUCGCGUUUUAAGAUGAAUUAAUUUUAAUGCAAAUCGAAUCGUGUACGCAUGCGGCGUGAACGCGAUUCGCCAAGAAAUACAAGCGAAUAAAAAGAUCCGAUGACAGAAUAUUUUUUUCAAAUUAUUCGAUUAAAACUUUUUCACGGUGUUUCGAAUAGCCGAUUCGUUUCGUCUGGUGACCCGCAGAAAUAUGCUGUAAUACUUGAAUCGAAGAGAGAAAAAAAAAACAAUUAAAUGAAAAAAAAAGUAAAAAGAAAGAAGAGUGAGUGAAUUUGUAGAUGAUAAAAGAAAAAGAAUUACAACAAUAUGGAGACCACACUAGAAUUUAUUUCUAGAUUAAUUAUACAUAGGUACUAGAUUAAAGAGAUUAUCGUAAUAUUUAUGAUUAUUGUAAAUCUAUAGGUUGUCUAAUUAUUAAUUAAUAGAAAUCGACGUUUACCCCGAAGUGUAUCGUAAAUUUCGAAAUUUCAUCGCGAAGAUGAUGAGCUGACGAAAGAUAAAUCGAAGAAAAAGAAAAGAAGAAAAAAAAUGAAUAAAAAGUUUUCUCAUCUCGCCAUCUUUGUCCGUAGCGUCAACUGGACGAGAGAGAGUGAACGAAAAAUCGAAGAAAAAAAAAAAGCGGAAUAAAAUAAAGAAGUUAUUAUUUUUCUCAAGCGCGCAAAACUGUAUACCUAAUUAUUGUAUUUAAUUAUUAAGCCUAGUUUUAUGUAUUGGCGCAAUGUAAAAUUGGUACGAAAAUGUGUAACUGACAUAAUAACGCAUGUGCCUGUGUAACAUACGCGUACACGUGUACACGUAUGUAGGUACGUAUGCAUCGUGGAGAGAACGCGUGAGAACGAGGCGAAACUAAAGCUGAGUGAAAAACUUUCAAAAUUUUUUUAAUUACACUUUUGUGUUGCGUUUAACAUUGUAAUUACAACGUAGCAAAAUCCGAAUGAAGUGAAUUAAUAAUUUCAGCCCCCGCGCGCUACUUCGCGUCUUACAAUUAAUGAUAUAUACAUAUACGAAAAGAUAACGAUUUAAAAGAAAAUAUAGAUAUGUAAACACGAGAAGAAAUUAUUUAUUCAAAAUUCGCUACGCUUUGGAGAACGAAAAUGUUGAAAAAAAUUUCAAAAAAUUAUCCGACGAUUCCGUGAUUUCUAGCGAAUUUUGUAGCGUUAGGUAUCAUAGCUAUAUAUUUAGUGCAUACAUACACAUAUUACAUACAUAAAUCGGUGUGGGUAUACUUUUUAGUUUGGAUAUUUUCAAAUGGUGUGUAUCGAUCGAUCGAUAAAGCGAAAUAUCCAAACGCGUCCUUUCUUAUGUAAUAGGAUAAUUUUUAAUUAUUUGAUUGAAAUGUUAAGAAAGAAAAAAAAGAUUCAAUAAAAUAAUCAAUGGCGUGCAUGAUGAGAUAUAUUAUAUAUGUAUGUUACGUUACAAAGAGUUAAGAAAAAGAGAGAAAAUUGAAAAAAUGAAAGAAAAGAAAGACUCGAAUUUGGAAGAGAAAAAAAAAAAAUAUAUGACAAGAACGAGAAAAUAUAUAUGUAUAAAUAUAUCUUUAUUGGAAGUUUAUGUAAAAUAUGUUUGUACAGAAUGUGAAUAUAAAUAAAAUGAGGGUUUUGUUAAUAAA